AGGACUUAUGGAAGGUCGCUCAAGUAAAUAGAUCAGAGAAAGGUUCUUAAAUAAUUUGGAUCCUGAAAUAAAUAAGGAAAAAUUCACUUUAUAAGAAGAUCAAAUAAUUUUAGAACAAUAUCGAAUAUACGGUCCUAAGUGGAGCGAAAUCGCAAAAAUGUUAAAUCGAAGACCAGUACAGUGAGGACCUAUCAUUAGGAAAACUAAGUGAAGAAUCGUUUUUACUCUUAUAUAAAAAGAGUACAUAUGUUAGAUGAAAGAUCUGAUGAUGAUGACAAUGACCGAUCAAUGGAAUCAGAACAAGAGCAACCAUUAAAAAUAGUUCAGAAUACUAUGUUAAAUGUUUCUUAGCCUAUUUAUCAACCUUUAGAAACUAUUUAGAGUUUAAAAGAAGAGCAUGAUAAUACAAAAAACGACUCAUUGCUUAUUAACCAAACACCUUCUCAUCGUAUAUAGCCAUCAAUUAAUUUAAUUUAAGGUCGUUUUUAUCAUUUUAUUAUUAGACUCAUUUGAUUCAAAGUAGUUCGGAGGGAUAGAUGAAUAAGAUAUUUCCCCUUUUAAUUAACAUAGAAAGAUAUUAGAAUAUAGUCCAAUUAAUUUUUAGUAUGCUCAUCAUCAACCAAAUUUUGAUAUGAUCUAAGAAGAAAUGAAGGAGUUAAAAUGCUAAAUAGAAAGUAUCAAUAUAGAACAUCCCAUUUGAAAUUAAAUUUUAUUUAUUUAUUUUAAGCAUAG